AUGGGUACGGCUGUUCGAUGUGAAAUAUGCUGGUCCAUUUCGGAACACGGGUAUAAGGAAAUAUUCGUGGAAGAAAAUAAACACAUAGUGCCGAUCAUUGCAAAGCACUUGUGUAUUGAGGUAGUACAAAGCCUAGAAGCUCAGUCACUAUGUACCGUGUGUUGGAAAGUACUGACUGAAUUUCACAAGUUUUAUUGUGACAUCGAAGAAAUUCGUCGUCAAAGUCGUCCUGCUAGUACUGAUGGAACAGAAAAAAUACCAGAAGCUGGUACCGAAAGCAGAAAUGAACCGAAAUUCGUUACCGAAUUCUUUGAGGUCAAAGUGGAACCAUUAGAUGCAUGCGAUGAGCAGGAUGAUUCAAAUUGUUCUAAUGAAAAACCACUACCUUGCACCUUCGUGAAAUGUGAGGAAUCGACAGAAUUAGAUCCAACCGCUUCGCUAUCGGACGAGGAUGCCCAACUGGACUGUAAAUCGGACUCUUCCGCGUCCGGGAGUGUAACAAUUCUGCGUGAGAAAAAAUGCAAAAAAACACACAAUGAUGAUGAAACGAAGAAAAGCAAAGUACGUUCGCAAAAGGAAGAAGAUGAUAGUUUGCUGAAAUUCUACAAGAGGAUAGUCUGCGAAGUAUGUGAUAAUCAACGCAUGAUGGUAGGUGAACCACAGAUAGAUUACGGUACAUGGCGCGCGUUAUUGCGGCAUACCAAAGAGGUGCACAAGCACGAUAAGGUGUACGUAAAAUGUCCCGUAUGUGAAAUGAAAAUGAGAACCAAGCAAACUCUACUACAGCACAAGGAUUGGCACGAAAAUCCCGAAAAAUACCGUUGUGAACUUUGCUUCGAGAUUCAUCAGAACAUGAAAGAGCACAUACAAAAUAAGCAUCAAGAGCGGCAGUUCUGUUGCGAUGUGUGUGGUAAGAAAUUUCCGUUUAAAAAGCGGCUUACGGUUCACAUGAAAAAGAUGCACGUUGAAAAAGACAUAAUUUGUGACCAAUGUCAAAAACCGUUCACAAAGUACACCAUCGAAGAUCACAAACGCUCCGUUCAUUCGGCGCGUUUCGUGUGUGAACAUUGCCCAAAAACAUUCAACAGCCGCUUUCGAUUACGCCAGCAUAUGGAGGAGCACGACGAAAGCCUUCGAAAUUCUACCUCCGUGCCAUGUUCAAUAUGCGGACAGGUGAUGCGCGACAAGUACAUUCUGACAAGACACGUCAAGCUUAUGCACACGGUGCAACCCUCCGUGAGCUGUACCACGUGCGGGAAAACAUUCAAAUGUAAGCGCAAUCUGUCGGUGCACAUGACGAACGUUUGCAUGGAACCGACGCGUCUGUAUCCGUGUACCAUUUGCGGAAAGGAGUUUCGACGUAAGAACAAGCUGAAGGAGCAUAUGUCCACGCACACGGGUAAGCCACUGUAUAUGUGCUCGUUUUGUCCGGAAACAUUCCGCCAGGAUACCCAUCUCUAUUAUCACCGCAAAAAUGCUCACUACGAACAAUGGCUGGAAAUGCAACAGCAACGGAAGGAAGGUGUAAGAUUCAAAUUGACUGAACUAAUCACCCCAAAGGAGGAAAAACAAUGGAUUUGCUUGAAAUGUUGGGCGUCGUUGGAUGGGUUUCACAAAUUUUACAUCGACAUUGAGUUGUUGCACCAGCAGCAGCAGCAGCAGCCCCAUCUGGAAACCGUCAGCAAACCCCAGGAACAUUCCACAUCGCCUGUGAAUUUUACUGGACCAACUUAUACCACGGAGUUUCUUGAAAUUAAAGGAGAACCGCUUGACGAAGGCGACGUAGACGAUGACACCAUCGAUGGUGCGGAUGAAUGUUCGAGUGAUAAAAUUGUCCCCUGUGACGACAUCAAAAGUGAAGAGUCUGAUGCCGACACCGAUACAGACUCGUUUCCGUCCGACAGUGAAACGAAUAAAACGAAACCAUACAGUUCGCGUGCGAAAGCGUCGAAGCACGCAGACAGUGGUCAGCUUGCGAAGCGCAAAGCCGGAGGCCGUUUCCCUUCGCACCCGGAAGAGGAUGAAAACAUACUGCAGUUUUACAAACGCAUCGUGUGCGAGGUGUGCGAUAACAAGCGGAUGAUGAUUGGCGAACCGCUCAUAGAGUACGCCACGUGGGGUGAACUGCUGCGGCACACGAAAGAGCUACACGGCCACUACAAGAUCUUCGUCCAGUGUCCGGUGUGUGAGAUGAAGCUGCGCACGAAGGUGACGCUGGUGCAGCAUAUGGAUAUGCACAAGAACCCGGAUAAAUACCGGUGCGAAAUUUGCAGCGAGGUGCAUCAGAACAUGAAAGAGCACAUGCAAAACAAGCACGAAGAGCGGCAGUUUUGCUGCGAUCUCUGCGGCAGCAAGUUUCCCUUCAAAAAGCGCCUCGUGGUGCAUAUCAAAAAGAUGCACGCGGAAAAGAACGUCACGUGUGAUCUUUGUCAAAAAUCGUUCACGAAGUACACGAUUGCGGACCACCGCCGGUCGGUUCACAUGGCACGGUUUGUGUGCGAACACUGUCCGAAGACCUUCAAAAUACGGUUCCGUUUGCAGAAGCACAUGCAGGAGCACGACAAAAGCCUCAGUGUGUCGACGUCCGUACCGUGUCCGACCUGCGGGCAGGUCAUGGGCGAUAAGUACAUUCUUCGGCAACACAUCCGGCAUAUGCACGCCGAACAGCAGGCCAUGGAUUGCGAAACCUGCGGGAAGACGUUCAAAAAUAAGCGCAACCUGUCGGUGCAUAUGGCAAACGUGUGCAUGAAACCGACCCAACUGCAUCCGUGCUCGAUCUGCGACAAGCAGUUUCGCCACAAAAACAAGCUCAAGGAUCAUAUGUCCUCGUGUACGCCCAACUGAAGCAACGCGCCGUUUGCGAGUGAUUCCGUUCGGAUCCUAUGGUGCCUGUGAAUGUGAAGACUCCUGUGCUGUGUUGCCUACUCUGAUCGGUGCGCGAAUUUCAUU